AUGGAAUCCUACGUCCCACCUACCUAUGAAGAUUUGCCGGUGAAAUUAGAACCAAAGGAGACUCGAGAAUCACAUCUUCUGCUUGUUCACAUUCCUGAUGGUUUCGCACGAGAGAAUGUUGGUGCUAAAUUUGAGAGAGAUUUUGUAAGGGUAAGGGUUUUUGGUGAACGUUCACUUGGAAAUAAUAGAAGCUGUCGUUUCAAUGAAGUGUAUCAAGUGCCAGCAAAUUGUGAUACUAACCGAAUUUGGGGAAAGUUUGAAGGAGGAAUUAUUACCAUUACAAUGCCAAAGAAGGUCCAUUCAGAGCCUAAACAAGAAACAGAACCAACUGAACAAGAAACACCCAAAACUCCAACACAAGAAACUGAACCAAACCAAGAGAAGGACAAAGAGGACAUUCCUCCAAAAUCUGAAACUGGAGAUGAUCAAGGAAAAACAACCACUACUGAUGCUGAAGUAAAAGAUCAAAAGGGUCAAGAAGGAAUUUCUAAUCAAGAAACUUCAGCCACAGAAGAGUCUAUGCCUCAAAAGGGUGAAAAAGGAAUUUCCCAAGAUGCCACAGUUACAAAAGUUGAAAGUAAAGAAGAGGCUUCUCAUGAGCCUUCAACCCCACCAAAGGCAAUAGAAGAUUCUAUGCCUCAAAAGGAUCAAAAACUUCCUCAAAAAGAAACAGAUACAACUGAGGCCAAACUUCAAACAGAAGAAAACUUUGCAGAACAAAGUGAUGAAAAUAAGGAAAAGCAAAGGGUUGCAAAGGAAGAAAGUAAAGACCACCCCAAGAAAAGAAAGAUUCCAGAGGAUGAUGAUUCCCUUAUUACUGGAAACGAAAGCAAGAAAGAAAAGAAAGGAUUAGCCACAGUUCCAUGUAUUUCCCAUGAGAAUACAGAGGAGAAAGAGAAGAAGGAAAAGGAAAUAAAUGGUGAAUUUGGGGCUGAUGCUGAAAAAGAGAGUUCCAAAAUGGCCAAGCCUGAAUCCACAAUGAAGAAGGUGGCUUCUCAAGUUGUAACUCGUCUUAGAGAGAGGUUCAAUGAAGAAGAUAAGCAAAAGCUAAUAUACAUUGGUGCUGCAGUUGUUGUGGUUGCACUAGGUGUUUAUGCUUCCUACAAGUUUCGUUCCUCACGUAGACCAUAG